GGAGCCUAGAAGGCUGGUGAGGAGUUAACCCCGGGGGAUUGUUCAAGACAGAGGAAGUGACAUGCAUGGCAUGUUCUUGGUGCUUUGCAGGCAAAGUGUGCUCUCAAGGUGGUGGUCAGAGAGGGGUCGGCAGAACCAGGUCCCGGGAGGCCUUGAGUCACGUUGAGGAGUUUAGGCUUUGUCCUGAAGUUGGUGUGCAGAAAGUGAAGGGUUGUAGGUAGCAAUGGCAAAGUUGCCUUGGUUGCAGUUUGGAGCAUAGGUUGGAGGGCCUGCCCUGGAAACAGCUGCAACACUCCAGGUUACCACAAGCCCUCAACCGAUGUACAUUCAGCACGGUGGUGGCUGUCAGCAUGUGUGGAUUUCAACAACCAUGAAGUCAGCUGGGGUGAGGUCGAGAGAGCCUGGUGCUACCACCAUGGCCACCUCAGGGAGUGGAGAAUUGAGGUGCUGGGGACCCCUCCUGCCUGGGACCCUUCAUCUCCUUCAUUGACCAGUAGCUUCUGUCCACACUGAGUCCUGGGUGUGGCUGCAGGUUUCCACCUUCCCAAAAAUCAAGGGAGCUGAGCUGGGACCUCCAUGGCCCUGGAGCAAGGGGUGUUCCAGCCGGUACCCUAGAGGAAAAUCUUGUCUUAGCUCUAAUAAUCACAUCCUCAGAAAAGUGAGUCAUGACUCCUUUCUAAGUCAGGCCUUCCUACCUCCUGUCUCUGAGGGCUUCGUUUUGUUUUUGUUCCUUGGUGUGUAUAUUUCUCUCUCCCACUAGACCGUGAGCUCCAAAAGAGCCAGACUGGGUCUGGCAUGUGUCCUAACUCCUGACUCGUAUUUGUCAAGUAAGUGAAUGAAUGAAUGCCCCCUAAGGCCAAGGCCCUAGGCUCACAGCAGAAGCAGCCCUUGUCUGUUUACUGAAUGUGUUCCAGUUAGCAGAACGUCACUUUCAAUUCUGCAAUUUGGUGGUGGUAGUGGGGGGGGGGCGAGGAGCAGGAUGCACUGAGAGGUUCUUUCCCCCUCCCCCGCCGGAAACAGAUGGUAAAAGGACUUAAAAUAUUGCUGCUUCCCCCAGCACCCUUCUGUGUCCCCCCCCCCCUCACUACCCACUCCGCCCCCGCCAUCACACUCGGCGCUCCGUUCCUGGGGCUGAAAUGGGCUCUGGUAGUCAAUUCUCCUUCCUUCUAACUCCAGGCACCAAGGCGGGGUGGGAUGAAAAUUCCUUAUUUAGCCAGCUGUCUUCCCUCUUCUCUCCAUGAACUUCCAGCCUUCCUCAUUCCUCUUCAACUUGUGCUCACACCUCUUUUUAAAUAUCCAAAACACCAUCUCUCAAACUAUAGCAUAACUCACUGAACUUCAAUAGCAACACGCUUUUAACUGUGUGCCAGGCAUGAGACCAGGCUGGGAUUGGGGAGGAGAACACAGGCAGACAAGACAUGAACCCCACCCUCUAGGUCUCACAGUUGAUCGGCACAAAAACAGGCCAGUCUACAAUCUCAGGCUGAAGAGAAGCCCCGUUUGUCUGGAGAACCAGGCCAGGGCUUGGGAAGUAGGCGGCUAUUUUAUGGAAGGCAGCUAAUAAAUUUUAGGAGUCCAUCUUUCUAGGAGGGUGAAAGCAUUCAGGCAGAGGAAACAACGAAGCAAAAGCUGAGUUGGGAGGGGCUGGGCAUAUGCUGGCAGCGAGAUGCAGGACGUGGGACAUCAGCUGCAAAGGCAGGCAAGGGCUGUCCACAGAGGCUCUUGGAUGUCAGGUGAGGAGACUGAGCUGAAGCCAGUGGGCAAUAGGGCAUCAUCUGGGCUGUGUUUUAUGAAGCUGAAGAGGGCUGUGCUGAGGCAGAGGGAGGCAGAGGCGGGGAGACAAGUUAGAGGUUGCUCCCCUAGUGAAGGCGAGCACUGAUGGGCUGUAGGGCAGUGGCCGUGGGGCAGAAGGAGCCUCAACUAACUGCCCCCUCUGCCAAGGUUAGUUUGCCUUCUUCACCUCUCCUUUUGUUUUCUGGUUUUUCCCAGUUUAAGCAAAGAAGGACAUUCAUAACAACACAAGUCUCUUCCUUCCUCAUCCUUCUCCAGCCUGGAUCUCCCUUGGCCUGGGGUCUCUUCUGCUGGCUCUUAGAAUCUGGUGCCCCUUUAUAUGGCCUCUAGUUGUGAGAUCUCUCUUUAUGCUCCAUCUCUAUCUUCAGAUGUCCACCCCCCCCCUCCCGGAUCUGGGAGCUGUGCCUGAGCAGUUGGUUUGCCAAUGAAUCAUAGAAGCAGUACUGAUUUAUUUCUACAAGUUGCCUAUCACCAAGGGACUUGGGAGACCCUGCCCUUCCCUAAAGGAACCACAAGACCCACACUAGUGAAACCACUAGAGAUCUGUUGAGAGCUGGAAUAUUCUCCCAGCUCAGAGAGGAUCAGUGAGCCCUCUGUUUCACAUAGCUGGCAGGGCCACGAAGUAGGGUUGUGCCUCAGUCUAGUGCCCCAGACAUGACACUUGGAGAAGGGAGAGCUGGGGGCUGGUAGUGGGUCACUGUGGUGAGCAUCCUUGAUAUGCAGUGGGGGUGCAGUUCACCCAGAGAACCUCUGGAGUUUUCUCAGGGCCAAGGAGAGGAGGUGGAGUCUGGACCUCAUUUUCCUUGACCUCCAGGGCUCUAGACAGGUAGCUUGUUCAUCAGCAUCAUGAUAUCCAUAGCCGGGGGGCCAGCGUCCCAGGGGAUUCCCAGGCCCCGUAGGUGACUUGUGGGACUUCCUGACCUCAUAGGCAAAACUUGCCACCCCCCCGGGGGGCGGGGCUGCAAGCAUCCUGGCUCGACCCGGGUCCCCUAUGGUCGCUGAGUCUUGGCCCGCCUCCGGCCUCGGACCGCUAUGGGACUACUGAUCGGCAAGCUGAUGAGCAUCUUCGGGAACCAGGAGCACAAGGUUAUCAUCGUGGGACUGGACAAUGCGGGAAAGACCACCAUUCUCUACCAGCUCCUGAUGAACGAGGUGGUCCACACAGCUCCCACCAUCGGUAGCAACGUGGAAGAGAUUGUUCUGCAAAAGACACACUUCCUCAUGUGGGACAUAGGGGGACAGGAGGCGCUGCGCUCUGCCUGGAACGCGUACUACUCCAACACUGAGUUCAUCAUCCUUGUGAUUGACAGCACGGACCGGGAUCGGCUGCUGACCACGCGGGAGGAGCUGUACAGAAUGCUGGCCCAUGAGGCUCUGCGAGAUGCUUCCGUCCUCAUCUUUGCCAACAAGCAGGAUAUGAAGGACUCCAUGACCACCGUGGAGAUCUCUCAAUUCCUCACUCUCAGUGCCAUCAAAGACCACCAGUGGCACAUACAAGGCUGCUGUGCCCUCACUGGAGAAGGGCUGCCCGCGGGGCUCCAGUGGAUGCAGUCUCAGACCACUGCCAACUGAUGUCCCAGGCAGCGGCCAUCCAGAUAUCUGGGGUUUUGCUUGGAUUAUGAGGGUGGAAAACCCAAGUGACUAUUACUUUUCUACGAUUCUCUGAUGGGAGCUGGGUCAGCUAUGGACGGUGACGUGAGACUGUACAGUCCCCCCAACCCUGUGAGCUGGCCUGCAUGUCCUGGAUUGUGCAGACAGGACAGCAGAAAGGCUGCCCUUCACCCCGUGGAAGUAGGUGUCCUUGGACACACCAGGCAAGCUGUUGGACAUGUUGAGGGAUUAGGAUGUGGAGCCCAGUUCCCUCCGCCUACAACCUCUUUGAAGACAGAAAUGGGGGGUGGAGUAAGAGACCCCUGGAAUUGCUCUUUAUUUCCUAGAUCUGCAUCCCCUGCCCCCUGGCUCCUACCCCAGCUCUCCCUCUGCCAUCUUUGAGCAAAGGAGAUUGAAGGUGUGGGCUUGGGGGAAGGAGGGCAAAGCCAAAAACUGGUAGGAAGGGUGAGGGAGGAGGGCUGGACACCCCAGACUGGGGCAGUCCCUUGCAUGGCGGGGAGUUCCACUCCUCCCAGUCCUCUCUGUUUCCGCAGAUACUGGCUCUGACCACAGCUUUUGAGCGUUCAGCCAAUGAAGGGCCAUUCCCAGCCCUUCCAAUGUGAAUCCCGCUCUUCCCAAACUUCCCCGUUUCCUACAGGGUGCCCAUCUUGAUGGUCUUUUGUAAUGAUUUUUUCCCACAUUGCUUUAGAAUUUUUAUAAAAGUGUAAUAAAUACCAGCAAAAGCUGCUCACCUGUUA